AUGACUGUUCAACAUCUUCUAUUUAUCAUAACUAUUACCGGUAUAAGUUGUACAUUGAAUAUUCGAAAUAUCGAUGCAGAAAUCGAUUCGACUGUUGCAUUUCAAUGUGAGAUUGACCCAUUGCCUUACAAUGCUGUUAUAACUUGGGUAUAUCGACCGAAAGUGCAUCAAAUGAACGGAAUUAAAUGGCUGCCAUUAUACGCCAAUGCACGUCGUUUAACACAGCAUAAUCAACGUUUUGUUGUUGAUUAUAGCGGUUACAAUGAGCAAAUAAAAAAAUAUUUAUCGAUAUUAACUAUUCAUCAGCUGAAAUUAUCCGACGAGGGUCUUUACAUGUGUAAAUCAAAUCAAUUUCAAUCUGAAGCUUCGCUUUUCAAUUUAACAAUAUCACCAUCGAUGAGGAUUCUACCAAAAGAUGGUGUUAUCGAAUUAGAUGAUAUUCAACGGCCAAUUAAUUUAUCGUGCACCGUACGAGAAUUAUCAAUGCAUACAAUUGACCCAUUACGCAUCAAAUGGUAUCAUAACAAUCGUGAAAUACCAAAUUCGCAUCUAACUGAAAAUCUAUCGAUACACACAAAUCAAGCGACACUCAUUCUGGAUAUUCAUCAUUUAUCAUUCAACGAUUCCGGAUUGUUUAAGUGCGUUUAUGAUAAUGGAAAAGCAAGCAAACAUGUUCGACUAUAUUAUACUUCAGCGGUGGUUGGCUAUUCGAAAUCGAUGGGAAGAAGACUCCUGUUUUCAUGGUUGUCGUUAUUUUAUUAUUUUUAUUAUACGAUGAAUAGUUAUGAUGAUUGUAUUUUUUUAAAAUAG